CCCCCCCAAGUCCGAAGGUGCCCGUACGCCUAUGCCCCCGUUCUCACUUCCAAUGCUGGAAAAUGGCAAAAUGCAUUCAUGUGUCUAUUCAAGGUGUUUUGUAGACAUUUCUCUGAGGUGAAGAGGGGCAAAAUGCAAGGAAACUGAAGUGUUUCAACAAUUUGUUUGACGAGGCUUAUAGCUUGCAACUGAGGUUCAUGGCGGGGGGGGGGAGUCUUUUCAAAUGCAAAUCACAUUAAUAUCUUUUCUUAUGAUAUUCCCUUGCAUGGGCCUUCACUGUAAGCUAGUUCCAUUCCAAUACCGAGAAAUAGUCUAUUGUGAGCGAUUUUGUUUUUCAUACAAUUUGAGUGCGUUUGCCUACCGAUUUCAAUACUCACGCAUUCGGGCACUGCAAAAUUUUUUUCGGGAAAGAAGGUCACCUCCCCCCAAAGUCCGAAGGUGCCCGUACACUUGACAUCACUAUAAUCACGUGAUUUCCCCGCCCUAGUUUUCCCCAAACACAGAUCCAAAACGACCAGUGAUUGUUGCGUUUUCAAAUUUCUCCGGCGUAGUGUGGAGGGAAAACAUUUGAUGCGUUUUCAGAGUGAAAACGCCCUUUUCAAAAUUUUUUCCAGCGUAGUGUGGAUCGAGUUUUUGUUUCGAUCGAGUUUUGCGUGAAAACGUUGCACAAUUACCAUUCGUGAAACGAGGGCAACAGGACACGCAUUUAUAUGAAAUGGAAAAGCUACUUUCAUAAAUAAAACAUGAGAAAUACUCUACUGGCAACUACGAAAUUGUUAUCACAAAACAACGGACAAAAAAAAACACAGACACGAUCUCCGAAUUAUUAAUCAAUUCUACAUUGAAUUUCAAUGUCAUUAGCGAAUAAAGGGCAGAAACUGUUCUCUAUAAACAUAAGAAUUCUAGGUCUUUUUUAGUCUCUCUAGAAAAUACAUUCAGAAUAUCUUAUCGUCUCACCUGCCAAUAACUGAUUUUGAUCAUUUGUUGAAAUUCUGUCAUACGCUUGCAGUUAGUGAUGAUUUGUAAUACCUAAUCAGUCAGUUGACCGAGUUGAAAUUAGUCUCUUGUAUACGAAUUGUCAAUCAAACCGAAUCCAUAAAGGGAUAGAGACCAUGUCACCUUAUUGACGUGUUUUUUUCUUUUGACCAAACUUCAAUUAAUCCACGGGAUAAUUUAAGCUUAUUUUUCGUGUUGUUUUAUUCAUAACGUAUGUGACAUGCAGUAUUAACCAGCCAGUUGCUAUGAAGUUCUGAUCAUUAAAGUUUAUUCAGCUGUUUCCCGCGGUUGAAGAAAUUUUAGAUUUAGAAAGCGUCCUCUAUUAGUCAGCAAUAUCCCAGUUUGGUGAGUUUUCCUAAAGCCUUUCAUAUUUAGCACAAUACAGACACCUGCAUAACGUCGAACGACGCUGGCCAAUGAAAUCUCAAGAAACUAAGAAAUCUUCCGCGAACCAUACAAGCAAUCAAUAUCAACAGACCAGUCGCCACUACAAAGUCAACUAGCAAAUACCGAGUUAUCGCAAGACCUGAAGUCGAUAGACAGUUAUCAGCAUACAACUGGCUUUUUUAGCGUCUUUUUCGGACGAAUUAAUCCGAAAAAGAACUUUUUCGAUUCGAAGUCUCUCGUUACGUUUUAAGCUGAUAACAGUGGUCUAGACAUGGCGAAGGUUGACCGAAAAACAUGUUUAUUCCGAAUGGCAGGCUUUUUGGUUUAUGUUUUGAUCGGAGGAGCUAUUUUCAUGCAGAUUGAGAGGGGAAGUGAAACAGACGCUGCUACGCAUAGACUUGAAGAGUUAGAGCGUCAGUGGAUUAAAAAAUAUAAUUUAUCCAGGGAAAACAUCAGCAAAAUGCUACAAGAUUACGACAAGAUCAGAGAAAACGAAGCAAAACCAGAAUGGAGUUUCUUCAACUCCGUUUAUUUUGUAUUGCAGCUCGUCACUACCAUAGGAUAUGGCAAUAUUACCCCUAAAACAUCCAGUGGUCAACUUUUAACUAUAGCUUAUGCGCUGGCAGGAAUUCCACUCACGGUUCUCGCCCUGAAAUCGGUUGGACAACUGGUAAACAUUGUCCUAAAAGAUAUCAACCGACCAUUGCACAAACUAGUUCACACCAUACACUGCGAUGAACGUCUCUGCAAUUUUCUGGAAAGUGGAAACGUUUGCAUCAACGCUGUGUGUUGCAUUUUAACAUGGACUAUUGUGACUGCUAUCAGCGCACAUUUGGAGCCCGAGCGAAGCCUGGUUCCUGCUAUUUAUUCCAUCUUUGUGACGUAUUCCACUGUCGGGUUUGGCGACAUCAUUCCGUUUGAAGACCGUAAAUACAUUUUUAUGGUAAUUGUUCUCCCGGGACUCUGUUUUAUGUCGAGUUUAAUUGAUUCGGUAGUUGCUUGGAUCGAAAAAAGCAACGUGGCCUGUAAACGUUGUUUUAACUUCUCGAAAUGCUUUCCCGUGAAAAGGGAGAUGAGAAUACAGGCAGAUGGGGUUGAAGAACCCACAGAGGACGAUAAUAAAACUCCAAGCGACCAAGACAGGGCUUCUAGCGUCAGAACGUCAAGUUAAUUAUCAUUAAAGGCUCUAAAGCAGGAUAUGGUAAUAUUACCCCGCAAACGCCAUCUGGUCAAAUUUUCACUAUAGCUUAUGCGGUCGGAGGAAUUCCCCUCACAGUUUUGGCGCUGAAAUCGAUCGGUGAACUGGUAAACAUUGCGUUGCGAACAAUUAACCGACCAUUGCACAUAAAACUCCACACCAUACAGUGCAAUGAAAGUAGCUGCGACUUCUUGGAGAAGGGAAACCUUGCAAUCAACUCCGUUUCUUUAAUUCUAACAUGGAUUAUUGCGUCUGCAACCAGCGCGAGUUUAACGCCAGAACAGAGUUUCAUUAGCAAUGUGUAUUCCACUUUCGUAACCUAUUCCACAGUAGGUUUUGGCGAUAUCAUACCGUUUGAAGAGCAUAAAUACGUUUUUUUGAUAAUUGUAUUGCCCGGAUUGUCUUUCAUGUCGAGUUUAAUCAAUUCGAUUGUAGCUUACGUGGAAAAGAUCAGCCUUCUGAAUCAUAAUUGUUUUAGUAUUCCGAAGUGCCUUUCAGCGGAAAGAGCCUCUAAUUCGAGAAUAAGCGCGGAUAAUUUUCAGCAAGAGACACCGAACGUUAAUGAACUGGCCUUGUAAAUGAUCAAGUCACGAGAUAGGAAAACUGAAAAUAUGGAGCGUGGGAUUUUGCCAAAACAAGAAACUCUACCAUACCAGAUCAAGGGCUAUAUAAACAAAGAUACGGUUGUCCUCGAUGGCAGAUCGCCGUUACAUUCAAAGCUUUUUUGACUACGUCUCAUGUUACAACAAAAACUAUUUUUCAACCCUUGGUAGCCGGAAGAUUUGCGCACGACCGACGGACGGGUGUGGAAUCUAAG